AUGUGUAUGUGGUUUAAGGACUCUACUUAUGGACUGGACAGGGACAUCUUGCUUCCAAUUAGUUAUCCAGAUUUGGAUGUCAUCAAGCCUAAUGGCAGUGCUUGUUCUCGGUUUGGCAUGGCGAAUGGCCUCAGCAUCUUGACCGCUCCGGUGAGCAGCCUAACGACUUCCAUGUGCUCAAGGCCUACUUCUCCGUGUUCUUGCGCACCCUCAUCAGCGGCAUCCGCUUCAGAAUUGUCGGGCUACAGCCUUCCUCCAGAGUCCAUUACUCGACGCUCGACGUGGGAUAAGAGAGAAGCUUCUGGCCUGCGCAAAUCACUCCCGUCCAUACAUGAGGCACUAGGAGACAUACCGAUGUCACUAUCUAAUUCUCUGUCUCUCACCUCCCAGCAGCUCUCACUUUCGACCCCUACCACCGCCGCGAGCCAGAGCUUUCCCGAAGGUGCAGAAUUACCUGACAAUACCAUUCCACAACAUCCAGGUCCAGAGCCCGGUCUUCGAAAUGUCUUUUUAGCGCCUCCGAAGAACGACUCGAUGCUUGUUUACAAGCCUUCAAUGCGCUCUACUAAACCUAUGUCUCAGCGUUUUGAUCACCGUGAAUUUCCACCACCCCAGCCGCCACCUCCUGCCAUUCGUUCCUCGUCACUAGCUUUUAGGUCGCUCAGCAGCCAUAAUGAUCACCCAGCGACAUCCCCUCAAUCCUUUGAUGCUCCAAAACCGCCGCUCCCUUUGCCGCUAGUCGGUGCUAAGCCUACUUCAAAUGGACUACUUCCACAUGUCCCUGUCCCGUUUUGCACCGACGCUAAGGCUGACCUUCAGCAGCCGGCAUAUCCCAGAGUAGAAGAUGUUCACUUCGGCGACAGCUUAAGCCGACACCCGGAUGUAUUUAACGCCGAACUGGGAUUUAACAAAAUUAGCGAAGCCUCUGCCGCGACGCUUGAUUCCGCGAGAGCCUGGGCCUCGCGCUUUCACCACGGAACCAACUCGGGCUAUUUAUACGAAGCGCUCCCAAGUUUGAGUGAGGUUGAUAAAGUUAUUCGACAAUCCAACCAAAUCUUUGAGAAUUUGACUCAUCUACGUGAUCUGGUGGUUACCCAGCAGAUUUCAAUUUUGGAAAAACAGGCACGACAGGCUACAGAGCACCAUGGCCUGUCUAAAGGCGAAAGGCUUCGCCACGGGGACGCUGCCAUAGCUGCAAUCGUGGCAAAACCCCUGAGUGGCGAAGAGGCCCUGAUGGAGCUCGCACGCUAUGCAAUGCCUGUGGUCUACAAUACGCGAAAUUAA